AUGUCAGCUCCAAUCAACAAGGAAAAGGUUCAAGAUCAAGAACAAGAAAUUCUUAAAAUCAGAAUUACUUUAACUUCCACCAAAGUUAAGCAAUUAGAAAACGUUUCUGCUAACAUCAUCAGAAAUGCCGUUCAAAACAAAAUUGUUAAGAAGGGACCAGUUAGAAUGCCAACCAAGGUUUUAAAGAUCACCACCAGAAAGUCUCCAAAUGGUGAAGGUUCUAAGACCUGGGAUACCUACGAAAUGAGAAUCCACAAGCGUGUCAUUGACUUACAAGCUGAAGCUUCUAUUGUCAAGAAGAUCACCCAAAUCACCAUCGAACCAGGUGUGGAUGUCGAAGUCACCAUUGCUGCUUAA